GGGGAGGGGCCCCGGUUCUCCACUAUUGGCUGGUACUGUAUUACCGACAGCUUUACGGGAGGGCCACGGCCAGAGAAGGAUGUGUGCGAACGGUGUUUUUUUCAUCUCCCUGAAAGCGCAGAGUCUGCUGGGUCUCAACAUGAUUUUAAGAAGACUUUAGCGGGUUUUUUCUCAGUCUUUUCUUCAGCAUAAAACCUCUGAAACCCAUGCUGUUUAACCCUAAAAGAGAUGCGCUCAGAUAAACGCGGAUACAUUGUACGGACAACGCGAGAGGAGGAGAGGAGCAUGUAACCGGGAGAAACGCACCGGCAGCGGCGGCGGCACCACCUGACACUUCUCUCUCUCGGUCCUUGUUUCCUCAGUAUUUGAGGCUUCUCGACGUGUUGACUGAACUCUCGUCGUUGUUUUGGAUAUUAUCUUAAGCAAAAUGAGCGAGGAAGUGUCAGAGGUCCCUAAAGAGCUUCUGGAGAGUGUGAGGGAUGCACUGGGGAGGAAGGUGAAGCUGUCGCUGAGGAAGAGAGUCAAACUGGAGAUCAAAGGAGACAAGACCGAGAACAGAGUCUUGGCUCUCGCAUCUCACCGAGCCUACCUCUUGACAGCACGCAUUCCCACCAAGGUGGAACACUCCUUUAAUUAUCUGGAGAUCCAGGGGAUUGCUUGUAACAAGCCUACACAGCUGCUGAUAGAGUAUGAGCGUGGCUCCUUCUCUCUGAAGCUGCUCUCUACAGAGGAGGUUAAUGAGGUGGUCGCUCAUAUAGGAAACUGCUUGCUGAGGAUAUGUCCUGGUCUACCACCUAAUAAAGUGAUGAAGAAGCUCUGCAUGGAGCCUCCAGACAGGCUGACCUCUCUGCAGACUCUGUGGGAGAACAACAAGCCUGCUGAACCUGGACCCUGUGGUGGGUUUUCUCAGAUGUACAGAUGUGUUUGUGACUGGUUGGGUCUGCCUUACAGAGAAGAGGUGCAGUGGGAUGUAGACACUAUCUAUUUGACACAAGACACCAGAGAACUCAACCUGCAGGACUUCAGCCAUCUGGAGAACAGGGAUCUGGUGGCCAUAAUAGCAGUCCUUGAGUUUAACCAGUGGUUCACCAAGUUGUCCACCAAGGACUACAAGCUGUCUGCAGAUGUGUGUGAGCAGAUCCUCCGGGUGGUGUCUCGAUCCAGUCGACUGGAAGAGUUGGUUCUGGAGAACGCAGGACUCAAAACUGAUUUUGCCCAGAAGCUAGCUGCUGCCCUGGCCCACAACCCCAGCUCAGGACUCACCACCAUUAAUCUUGCCAACAACCCACUGGAGGAUAGAGGUAUCUCCUCCCUGGGUGCUCAGUUUGCCAAACUUCGUAUGGGGCUAAAGCAUUUAAACUUCUCCAAAACCUCACUAUCACCCAAAGGGGUGAACAGCCUUUGCCAGUCACUGAGUGCCAACCCGUCCAUCCCCAGCAGCCUGGUCCAUCUGGACCUCUCAGGGAAUAUCCUUCGAGGAGACGACAUGCAGCAUUUCUGCCACUUUCUUGGUCAACCCAACAGCCUGGCAACCCUUGACCUCUCCAACACUGACUGCUCAUUGGACCAGGUUUGUUCUGCUCUGCUGCGAGGUUCAGUCCAACACCUCUCUGUUCUCAACGUGUCAAAGAGUGUCUUCCCUCACAGGAAAGGCAAAGAGGUGCCUCCAUCAUUUAAGCACUUCUUCAGCAGUGCCAUGUCUCUCAGCUCCAUCAACGUGUCAGGAACCAAGCUGCCGCCAGAGGCCCUCAAAGCACUCCUGCUUGGUCUGGCCAGUAACCCCAAUCUGAAGGACGUGUCUCUAGACCUCAGCUGCUGUGAGCUGCGGUCAGGAGGUUCUCAAAUCCUUGAAGGUUGUAUCGCUGAGAUCCCAAACAUCUCCAGCCUAGAUAUCUCUGACAAUGGCUUGGACUCAGACCUGUCUACUCUGCUGGUGUGGUUGGCCAAGAACCGGUCCAUUAGACACCUCUCUCUAGGCAAGAACUUCAACAACAUCAAGUCAAAAAACCUUGCUCCUGUGCUGGACAGCCUGGUCCAUAUGAUUCAAGAGGAGGAGUCGCCCCUCACCUCUCUGUCUCUAGCAGACUCCAGACUAAAGAGCGAUCUGACCAUCGUUCUCAAUGCCCUCGGCAGCAACUCCUCGCUCACCAGACUCGACAUCAGUGGGAACGCCAUGGGGGACAUGGGAGCCAAGAUGCUGGCCAAGGCGCUGCAGAUCAACUCCAAACUCAGGACUGUGAUCUGGGACAAGAACAACACCAGUCCUCAGGGUCUUCAGGAUGUAGCAGCUGCUCUGGAAAAGAACUUCACCAUUCGUUUCAUGCCCAUCCCCAUCAUCGAUGCCUCCCAGGCUCUGAAGGCCAGCCCUGAGAAAACAGAGGAUGCCUUGCUAAAGAUCGAGAAUUAUCUCUACAGGAACCAUGAGACCAGAAAAUACCUACAAGAACAGGCCUAUCGGCUUCAGCAGGGCAUUGUGACCACGACCACACAACAGAUGAUUGACAGGAUUUGUGUGAAAGUGCAGGACCACCUCAACUCUCUGAGGAACUCCGAGACAGACGCCAUUUUGGAGGACGUCAGGUCAGCAGAGAACCUCAUCAAAGACGCAAGAAACUCUAAAACGCUGCUUCCUAACCUCUACCACCUAGGAUCAGCUUCCAGAGAGGAGGUGGACAGCUCCUCAGUGGGGCCCAUUCAGGAGAAACUGGAGUCUAUGGCUGGAGAGGUGACUACUGUCAUGGACCAACAACUGCAGACUCUGCUGGAGUCCAUGGUGGACACAGCAGAAUCUCUGUGUCCCCAUGUGAUGAAGAGUAGUAAUCUUCGUCCCGAGCUGAUGAAGGCCAGCUCAGCCAAGAUGGUCGUACCCAAGAGCUUUGUCACCAAAACCCUCCUGGAGCAGUCUGGGGUGGAUAUUAUCAACAAGAUCAGUGAGGUGAAGCUGAGUCUAGCGUCCUUCCUGUCUGAUCGCAUCGUUGAUGAGAUUUUGGAGGCUCUUUCUGCUUCACAGCACACGCUGGCAGACCAUCUGGUGCGUCGAGGUCGCCCUUUGGUGCAGCAGGAGUCUGUGGAUCUGGAUGUCCCUGAGGAGAAGAUUCCUAAACGGGCAUCGACCGAAAUAUUAGAGGCUGAGAGGCUGGAGGAUCUGGAGACGUGCAUGAUGACUCCUAAAUCCAAGAGGAAAAGCAUCCACAGCAGAAUGCUUCGGCCAGUGUCUCGUGCCUUUGAGAUGGAGUUUGACCUGGACAAGGCCCUGGAGGACGUGCCUAUCCAUGUGGAGGACACUUCAACUUCGUCUCAAACUCCACCUACCCCAUCUCAGGUCCUGCCCAAACUGGAGCAACGUCCAGCAGGAACAAUGGUAGAGCUGCCAUCUGAGGAGGAAAAAAAGCUGCAGCACUUCACCAAACUACGACCCCGAAGGAACAAAAAAAUACAUUCCAGCAAAGUACCUCAAAUCAACAGUGCUCCAUCUCAGGAUGGGGAGCAGAACGGCCUCAUGGGAAGGGUGGAUGAGGGUGUAGACGAUUUCUUCUCUAAAAAAGUCACCAAAAUGGAUUCCAAACGUUCACUGAAGAGUUCAGAGUCUCAAGAUGGAGAGAAAAAGAAGAGUAAAGGAGGAUUCCUGAACCUCAUCAAACGGUCCUCCAAAUCUGACAAAUCAGAUAAAUCUGACAAAUCAGAAAAGUCAGAGAAAAACCAGGCAGCUCCUCUAUCCUCUGGUACAUCCUCGGCCUCUGGAAUUUCAGUGCCAGCUUCUACCAUCCCUGAGGAACCCUCCUCACCAAAGGUUGCAGUGAAGAGCCCAGCACCUGAGUCAAAGUCAAGAGAUGCCUCCAGUCGCUCACAGCCCACAGACUACAGCAGCAGCUCAGACCGAUCAGAAGAGCUGAGGACACCAGACUCCAUAGACGAGCCUUGGGAGGGUUCAGAUGGCAGGGGCAGUCCUCAGGGAGGGAGGCGGUACCCGGGAGUGCAGAUGAUGGGCAGUGGCCUCCUGGCAGAGAUGAAGGCCAAGCAGGAGAGGAGAGCACACAAGUCUUCCAGCCCUGAUAGACCUGACAGCAAUGCAACAGCAGCUAAGCCUCAGGCCCCAGCUUCAGAAACCAGGUCUCCCAGUGGUGCCAUUAAUAAACCAGACACUGGUUCUCCAGAAAAGACCCCACCGCGUGGUGAGAACAAGCCGGAACUGGCCACUCGUCUCAGAGCUACAUCCUCCUCAAGUUCCCCUGGGGGUCCCGUAAGUCCCAAACCACCGGUGCCGCAGGGGGCAAAGCCUGCUCUUGGUGCCCGACCCACCAUCCCACAGAAGCCCAGAACCACUAGUAGCAGCAGGAGCAUAGAUGAGAGCCCAGAUUCCCCCUGCAGUGGCGGUGUGUCUCCUAAAACCACAGCUCUCCCUCCCACACUGAAGAGGGCCCUGUCAGAGAAAGAAGGCCAAACCAGUCUGCAGUCAGGAGGAUCUGCAAACAAAACCACUCAGGAAGUGUGUGGUUUGGUGGAACCCUCUGGUGCCUGGCAGAGGAAGGGUGGCGUCAGACUCUGUUCAGCGACCCAGCCCUCUCCGUACCAACUCUGAGGAUCACGGCCCCUUCAAGACCAAGGACCAAUCUCCAAACCCAGACAAGGACAAGGCAGCAGGCAAGAAGUCAUCAGACUCUGGGGAGGAGGCAGACAAAGACUUUAUUUUGAUAUGACCGAAACAAGUUUGCAACAAAAACCUGUUGACAAGCCUUGCCUGUUUUCCUUUAGGAAAGAGACUAAUGGGAAAUAUAAUCAAGAUGUUUUCAUCAAUGUAAGCGGUUGUACCUGUACUGUAGGUCCUGUCUGACCACAAACUACACAUCAUGUUUGGUUUACAGGAAGACCUGCUGUCGUAUCAGGUAACACACAGUUUCAAAUUCAGUUUAAUUUGAUGAACUAUGAUGCCAGUGUUGAUAGGUAUUAACACUUCGGGGAAAUAUCCUCAAUACAUUUUUCAAGUCACAUCAAGUCUUCUUGCAAACCAAACUGUGCUAAAUUUCCUAAGAGCUUCCUUCUCAUGAACACCCUUUUCUCUAGAUCUGGUUUCAACCUACUCUCUGCUGUCAGGUGAGAAUCUAAUGUCUCUAAAACAAAAAACUUUUCAGGAUCCAAAAGAAUGGGUUAUGGGAUGAUCCAGCUUAUUCAGCCAGUGAGUGACAAAACCCGAAACGGAGUAUAAAUUUGUUAACCACUUAAAAAAAAAAAAAAAAAAAAAAAAAAAAGGACAUGUUGCUUUCAGGAAAUAGCAGACUUUUUGACCGGAAGAGAGAGAGAGAGAAAAACUGUUUACUAUUAUUUUGCAGUAGCUUGUCUCCCAGGGACCAAACACACAAUAAAAAUACCACUACCACUGUACUGUACUUGAACUUAAGCAUAAAACCACUCCGGGACCCAAUGGCAUUCAUUUCCUCAAAUAUAUUUGUAUGAAUUUUUCUAGAUGCUAUUUUCAGUAUGCGGAAGUUACUUUUCUCCGGACUGAAUCCAUUAUGCAAUUCAUCUUUUUUUUUGUAUUACAGGAAAAUACAGGUUCAGCUGAGAAUGUCAGCACAAAAAUAAAUCAGUAAUACACAUUUGAUGUAGCUCGCCUGACAAUAAAACUAUGAGUUAUUCAGAGGGGACUAAAUGGACUCUUCACUGAAGGACUGAAGAAUGGCUAUAGACUAUGUCAAACAUCCCCAACUGGGACCCUAAGUUGUCUCGUGUGAGAGAGUCGGAGUGACCAUAUGAAGUGUUUGUGCUUUGAGAGGACUGUGGUACACUUUAACUCCACUGACGAGCAAUCAAUAAGGCUUCAGCACUGUUAACAAACACUAAACACUGUGGAAGCAACACAUUCAUUUUAUUUUUACAUUUAGCGGCUGAGGUCUUUUUGGUUUUAUGCACUAACAUAUGAUAUUUAUGAAUAUUCCCCUGAUGUGCUGCUGGUCCAAUGAAAGCAAAGAACUUACUAAAAGAGAAAUCGCAAAGAGAAUCUGCUUGAAGGUAACAUGGGAGACGCAGUCAUGAGUUUCCCAUUUCAGUAGCUAUUUUGAGCCAGAUUUUGACACGAACCUCUUGUGUAAAAGCAAAACACUGAGGGAACUCCAGCCUGCAAACACUCUUCUUCCUCUAGAUAUUUUUUCCUUCAGAACUUUCAAAUUCAGCUCACUUUCACUUUGUUCCGUGCAAGAUAAGAGACUUCUUCAAACUCGGCAUUGUAAUCUCAUUGCCUCUGUGAUUGAGAAUACAGUGCCUGAAGUGGAAGUGAACUGAGGGUAGCUGUACAUUUACCACAUGGACCUCUUGGCUAUUCUGUAUAUACCAUUUUAAGGACCUGAAUGCUUCACAACAACAACAACAACAACAAUACAGGUCUCAGGAUGAUUCCUCUCAUUUUUCUCUGUCAAGAGCAACAAAUGCCCUUUUCACACUGCUACACAGUCUGCAACUAGCCUCUCAAAAGGACCUUGGCAAUUCUUAACUUAAUUUACAACCUGUCAUUCUUUUUGUUGAUACAGAGUAAGACAAUUUUCUUCAUGCUGUAUAUGUAAUUUUGGGCAGAAGUUUGGUCUGUCAAACUUUAAGUGUAUACAGCAAACUCUACACAUCUCCAAAUGAAAUGGAUUUAAACUCCAGAAUUUUGAUUUUUUUGUUCUACAUUUGACUGUUUGGUUUUUGUGUGCCAAGCUGUACAAAAGCAUUAAUUACAGAUGUACAACACACACAGUGCAGCAGUUCUUAUGCAUCAUCAGUGUGAAAGGGGCACAACUUGUGUUUUUAUUGUACUGUACAAGAGUCAAUUUCAAGUCUGGGCCCAAGGUCUUACUGGUGCACCUUCUCCUAUGGUGUCUAUCGAUGUCUUUUUGUAGGGUUACGAUAAGGUUUCAGCUUCUUUAUCACUAAUCAUGGCUUCAAAAUAACACUGUUCCUGCUGUAUAUAGUCAAUCUGUACUUGAUGUCAAUGACUGCUUUGAUUUUCAGUCUCUGUCCCAAAAUCAAACAUCACUUUUUGUGUGGAAGGUGUUCCAGGACACAUGGCUGUAUUCUGUUGGCAUUUUCAUCCAUUGUCCUGAUGCAAAGAAGGUAUCUAGACACACUGUCCUCUACUGUUUUUGCUUCCUGUGUAGGAUUUCAGAAGCUGGCUGUGUUUCUGUCAAGUUGUGUGAAAGAUUAACGAUGACUUGCUGUUCAUUUCUGAAAAAUGAGCAUCCACUUCAUUUCUGUUGGUGCACGGAGUGGACAAAGUGAAAAUAACCAAUAGCAUUGAGUCUAGACUCCCGAGUCUACAUGUGUGUGUGACUGCAUGAUGUGGCUGUGAGUUGUACUGUAUGUAUAUAUGUGCUUUCAUACAUGUAGGUGUAUGCGUGUGUAUAUAUGUAUGUGUAAUAUAUGCACAUGUAAUAUACACACUGUGGUGUAUUCACACGCCUAUGUGACCACAGCAAAUCCUAUAUUGUUUUGGUACUAAGUACACUACUAUACUAGGGGUUUGUUUGUAACUUAUUUGGAAUAAAAAAGUGGCCGGUAAUGUCUUGAUCUUUUGUUGUUUUUCCUCUCACUUGUACAUUGUGUUCAUAAAUGUAGAAAUUAAUUCUUUGUAUGUAUUAAUUUGUUAUUACAUGUAAUCAAUUUAAUGUUACUUUCAUCCUAUUUCAGAAAAGAAAUAAUGCAAAACAACCACUGGUUUUCUUGAGCUGGGUAAAAAAUACCAUUAAUACUAAUGACAUUUGCUCGUUUUAUCAGUCUUGAUACAUCAUUUGUUCCAUUUUGUCAUGGAUCAGUAUGUUUCACUAAGUCGUUCUGCUGGUGUUGGACAUUUCUUCAUGCAAAUAUUGAUUAAAAUAAUUUUACAGGCUUUAAAA